UAAGUUUUAGUUUCAAAUCUAUCCGUUGAGGUUGAAUGUACCGUAUAGUUCACAGCACAGACUAAAUAUACGGAAAAAAUUGUUUAUUUUGUAGAAAAAAAACUUGAUGGAGUAAAUUUGAUUGACUUCAGUCCUAACUUUAUAUUUGUAAUCACCUACAAACCGUUUUUGCGGCUUAGUAAAAUGAAUCCGGCAGAAAAAAAUUAUGUGGAUAUUCCACUUGAGGAGCUGUCCUCCACUUCUCCAAAAAAGAUAGCAGUUGUCGUGCCGACCAAGGAGAUGCAGGACAAGCAAUUGAAUGAACAAGAUAAAGAUCGCCAGGCCAAACAGAACAAGGUAGAUAAUGAUCAAGACGAAGGUCUCCAGCUCACGGAUGGUCAAGACAAGACAGAUAUUCUUCAGGAUCUAAGCGAGAGUUCCACGGACACAAAACCGGUGGAUACUCCGGCCAAGGAGAUGCAGAAGGAGCAUAGCAAGGGAGAAGGUAGUGUUCCAGCUGAAGAUCGUAAAACUUUAAAUUUUGAAUUCAAUGACUCAAUACCUCUUGGCUUGAAUGCUCAACCACCAGAAGAGGCAUCCCCACAAAUUCCAAAUCAGAUAAAAAUUGUUUUUUCGUUAGAAAUGAUGAAGCAGAUCCAAUUAGAGUUUAAGAAAAUGCAUUCCAAGCUGAAGAAACUCAGAAAAGUGGACCAAGAUGAUAAUUCCCAGUCGGCAAAGAGUGGCUGUUGCUGCAAUUGCCACCGUUUGGAUAAAGAUGUUGGUGAUCCUUCUUGGAAACCGGUCAAUGGCAAGCCUCAAACUAAAGAAGAUGUCCAGAACAUCAAGGAUCGCCAGUACAAGGGGGCCGCGUUUGACUUUUGGAAGUCUUGCAAGCCAAAGAAAAAAGUCAUCUCCACUCUGAUCAAAUCGCGCUUGGCACCCAAGCUCAAAUUGUCGGAUGUUCGUAAGCUAAUAGCAGGGUCAGAGGGUAUAUUUCAUCAAUAAAUCCGGGGUCACACUAAAAAGAAAAUAUCAGCUAUUGUUGCUAUUUUUUGCAUUUUUGGCGCGAAUUUGUUUAUAACAAAUGAACGGAGCAAGAAAGUCAAAGUGUCUGAAAACUGUACGCCUGGGCGACCUGCUCUAUGAUGAACAGAAGAGGCUGCUGAUGCUGUGCCGCAGCUGCGAGCAUUAUUUUCUCACAUUUCAAAUGUUCCAAAAACAUUUGGCCGAUUGCUCUGGCGUUAAACAUGUUGUGAAUUGCACUGAUCCACUCAGCUACGUCGAGGACAAGCGUGAGACGAGAUUAACGAAUGGUAGACAGGAGCUCCAUAUUUACAACAUUGAAGAUGUGAACAGCAGUGCCAUUGACUGGGAGGCAGAAUUGGAGGAUCCACGCUGGUACGACGACGAGACGCGCUUAUCCGCGCACUCUAAACCAAAGACAUCGCAUUCCAAAGAGAAUGUGGUGGGGAAAAAGCAAUUGGUCAUUGAGAAGAACAAGAACCCCCAGAUAGCCACAACGAAGACAGUACGGCGACGGCAAAGCCCCAGUCAAACACAUCCAGCCAAAAGAAUUAACACAGAGGCUCUCAGUGUUCCGUGCCAUACACAUCCAGCCAAAAGGAUGAACACAGAGGCUCUCAGUGUACCCCGUGUGAUGGAGAACUUAAAGCGUUUGGUGGCCACUGACACCGAAGUCCAGCCCUCUCCAGCAGCUGCCAACGGUGGUGAAGGAACCACCAAAGAAGCAACCACCAACACCACCCAACAGAUACUCAGUAAACUGCGAGCAUGUGGGGUCGAUGUGAAACGUUCCAAAACUCAAGUGAUUCCCACUCCAACAUUAGACCCCAAUCUGGAGAAAAAACAAAAAACCCUCGAAAUUAUGCGUAAAUUGCAAUCAAAAGGAAUCCAGUGCACCAAAAUAAAAGGUGAAUGCAAUGCACCAAGUACAACAGAGCAAUUGUCUACUCAAAGACUAAGAGGCGAAUAUCCUGAGCCAACAGAAAAAUCCAAUCCAAAACAAAUUGCAAAGGAAUACAAUGCACAAACAAUAACAGAUGCGCCGUGUUCGAUCAGAGCAGAAUCGACUAUACCAAAAAUUAAAAAGGGUUACAAUGCACCAAAAAUAAAAAAGAUAUCGUAUGCGCCAUAGCACAAAACACAAACUAGUGAGUGCUCUUAGUUUAAUGCUAGUUGUGUCUAAGGUAUUGUAUUAUAAGAAGCUGCUGCCUUUGUAGGCUAAACAUUGUAUAUAACAUUGUACAUUACAUCCAUUUCGUGGUAUACAUAUAAUGGGAUAUUUAAUACACUUUAUUGGGCACUGGGG